AAGCGGCGCGAUGGCUGCGCUGAGGGGACAGCAGCGGAGACGUCGCUGGGCCGUCAAAGGGGAAGAGGAAGGCGAAGAGGAGGAGGAGGGCCCCUCGGUGCUGUCGCUCAGCCACUUCUCCCGGCCGCCCUUCCUCAGCUUCGGCCGCGUCCCAGUCGGCACCGCCUGCCUCCGCCGCCUGGCCGUGGAGAACCCCAACGCCGAGCCCGUCAGCCUGGCCCUCCACCGCCCUCCGCCCGCCGAGAAGGGCUUCGCCCUGGAGCAGACACACAGCCAACGCCUCCUGCAGCCUGGAGAGAGAAUAUUCAUUUCAAUAACAUGGACACCAUUGGAAGGUGGCAAAAUUCGGGAGCUUAUAACAUUUGUUGUAAAUGGUGUUGUCAAACAUCAAGCAGUUCUUUUGGGAACCGCUGAGCAGCCCAUUAAGAAAAAGAAACGUCUCUGGGAUACUAUUAAAAAGAGAACUCCUUUGCAACAGUCGCGAUGCAAGAAAAAACUACCCAUCAUCAAAAAUGUUAAUAAAACAUUACAGAUGUCACAAAAAACAGAUGGAGCUAGAAGCCCACUCCAGUCCUGUGAGAACCUGGAAAUGAACAAAGAUACCACAUCACCCAAUGGGGAUUCCCUAAUCGUCUUGGAAAACAAUCUCUCUCUCUCUCCCAUUAAUCCCAUCCUUCAAGAAAACCAGCAUGUCAGUUACACUCCUUUCUCACUGAGAAGAUCAACUACAUGUUCAGUUAUUGGGACAGCAUCAUGUGACGAAUUACUAAAGGAUGUAAAAGAAACUUGUACUGUUAACCCACUCUGUGAUUAUCUUGUAGAAACUAAAUUGAAAAGUCCACCUCAUAUUAGCUCAACAGAAGAACAAAAUUCUAACACAAAUUUAGUUUGCACUCCAGAGCAAAAUCAGUAUGUUUCUUUAAAAUAUAGGAGAAUUUUAAGCCCUGAUUCUUUUGUGAACAACAGCUAUGAACUUACUGAGGAACUUUGUGUGGGUGCAACAGCACCAAUUCUUUCACCCGAUCAAUUUUUAAAAGAAAAUCAAAUAGCUAUUCAACCCCUUUUGCAAGUACAUAAAUCUGUGCCCCCUUCAUCAAAUGUCAAGUCUUGUAUGUCAGGUCCUACCUUACCAAAACAGACGGAAAAGACAAAAGCAGUAUUUUUUCCUGUGGAACCUCAUUUUUCAAACAGUGCCUUUAAUGAUAUAAAAGACAGAAAGUAUGCUUUACAAACUGUCACCAAGGUCAGGAAAACAGGGAAAGAUCAGACUUCCUGCCUCCAGAAAGAAAAGACUAAAAAAAAGCCAGUGCUUUCCAACACAGUUACCAAAAGUAAGCCAAAUCUGGCUGAGAGAAAAGAAGCAGUGUGCCCAAAAUCUAGAAAAUGCCUUUCUAAUGCAAUACAGGAAUGUGUGGAUAUUGCUCCUGAAAGUGCAAAACUGGAAAUGCUGCGAAGGCUUCCAGUUAUAGAACCCAUCUCAGGUGAAAUUAGGAGCAGCGAUUUAAAAGCCACUUCUGCUCAAUUGGAAUCAGUUUCGUGUGGUCGUAAAAGAAAAAGUGGAGAAUAUAUGACAGUCACUGAUAAUGGAAAUGAAGCAUAUGAGGGGGAAAUUGAAAGGAAAAAAAUCCAGAGAGUUUGUGUAGAAAAGGAAAUCCAGUCUGCUUUGAAAAUACCAGUUCCCAAAUCUGUGAACAGGGAGAGACAAAGACCGAAACAGAGACCGGAUUCCUUAUCUCAAAAAUUCAGAACUGUUAGAAGAACUAGAAGCGUAGUCCCUAUUGCACAGUCUCAACUGACCUUUGUGAUACCUUUAAAAACAGAUAUUCCUAGACAUCCAAUGCCUUUUGUGGCCAAGAACAUGUUUUUUGAUGAACGCUGGAAAGAGAAACAACAACGAGGCUUUACUUGGUGGCUGAAUUUUGUACUUACUCCUGAUGACUUCACUGUGAAAACAGACAUUUCACAAGUCAAUGCAGCAACCCUUAACAUGGGAAUAGAAUGCCAUCAUAAAUCUAGUGUUCCUAAAGCACCAACGAAAGAGGAAGCAUCCUUAAGAGCUUAUACUGCUAGGUGCAAGUUAAACAAACUUCGUAGAUCGGCUUGCCGUUUGUUUACCUGUGAGGAGAAGGUUAAAGCAAUAAGAAAGCUGGAGAUAGAAAUUGAAACAAAACGCUUGCUUGUUCGAAAGGACAGACAUCUGUGGAAAGAUAUUGGAGAGCGACAGAAAAUCCUCAACUGGCUUUUAUGCUACAACCCACUAUGGCUUCGCAUAGGCCUAGAAACCGUUUAUGGUGAACUGAUUGCUUUGGAAAGUAACAGUGAUGUAAUGGGUUUAGCAGUGUUUAUACUCAACCGUUUAUUAUGGAAUCCUGAUAUCGCAGCUGAAUACAGACACCCAACAGUGCCUCAUCUUUAUCGAGACGGUCAUGAAGAAGCACUGUCCAAAUUUACACUGAAAAAGAUUCUGCUACUUGUUUGCUUUCUCGAUCAUGCCAAAUUGUCUCGGAUUAUUGAUCAUGACCCUUGCCUCUUCUGCAAAAAUGCAGAAUUCAAGUCUAGCAAAGAGAUAUUGCUCGCAUUUUCCAGAGACUUUCUAAGCGGAGAAGGUGAUCUUUCUCGUCACCUGGGAUUUCUGGGAUUGCCAGUUAACCAUGUACAAACUCCACUAGAUGAAUUCGACUUUGCUGUAACAAAUCUUGCCACAGAUUUGCAGUGUGGCAUUCGUCUUGUGAGAGCAUUGGAACUUCUCUCAUCAGACUGGAGCCUUUCUAAAAAAUUAAGAAUUCCUGCAAUAAGCAGACUUCAGAAGAUGCAUAAUGUCAACAUUGUUCUUCAGGUAUUGAAAGAUCAUGGGAUUGAUUUGAAAGAUGAAUAUGGUGCAAAAAUUGAUGCCAAGGAUAUUGUGGAUCGACAUAGGGAGAAAACAUUUGCUUUACUGUGGAAAAUAGUAUUUGCUUUUCAGGUGGAUAUUUCCCUUGAUAAGGAUCAAGUAAAAGAGGAAAUUGAGUUCUUAAAGAACUUGCAUAUCUCAAAAAUGAAAACAGCUUUGCAAUCUUUUGCUUAUAGUCAUGCAAGAAAAGAAAGCAAUAGCUUUUAUUCAUCUGAAAACUACAGUGAAAAUGUAAAAUUGCUGAUGGACUGGGUGAAUGCUGUCUGUCAUUUUUACAAUGUCACGGUAGAAAACUUCACAGUAUCCUUCUCAGAUGGAAGAGUGCUAUGUUACCUGAUUCAUCAUUAUCAUCCGUGCUAUGUGGCUUUUGAAUCUAUAUGUCAACGCACUACUCAAACAGUGGAAUGCACCAAAAAUGGUACAAUUGCACUGAAUUCCUCCUCGGAGUCUGAUGCUUCUUUAAAUCUACUGAAUGGAAGUUUUGAUCAAACUAUUACUACUUCACCACUUUAUAAAGAGCUGCUUGACAAUGAGAAAAAGAACUUCCAGUUGAUUGAUGCUGCAGUUUCUCAUCUUGGUGGUAUUCCAGAAAUGAUUCACUAUUCAGACAUGUCUAAUACAAUCCCUGAUGAAAAGGUAGUCAUCAUUUAUUUGUCAUUUCUGUGUGCAAGACUUCUAGAACUUUCUAAGGAGAUUCGAGCAGCUCGGCUAAUUCAGACUACUUGGAGGAAAUACAGACAAAAAAUAAAAGUUGCUCAGAUGAAGCAGCAAAAAUUAAAUGCAACAGUUGUACUUCAGAAAUACUGGAGAAGAUAUUUGGCUCAGAUGGAACUUCAGAAAUUAAAAAAGUCAAAACAGGAAGAAACUGAAAAAGCAUUUCAUAUAGUCCUCCAGAAACAGCAUAAAGCUGCUGUCGUACUUCAGGCUUGGUACAAAAUGAAGAAACAAAGAAAACUCUUCCUAAGGAUGUCUGGAGCUGCUGCUGUCAUUCAGAGAUGCUACCGUGCUUACAGAAAGAAAACCUCUCUGAGGCUGAAAUUCUUAGAAGUGAAAAAGGCAGUUGUGUGUUUGCAAGCAGCUUAUAGAGGUUAUAAACUACGCAAAAUGCUUAGGUACCAAAAUAUGGCUGCUGUUAAGAUUCAGGCUGCAUUCAGGGCUCACACUGCUAGAGUAAAAUAUCAAACCUUGAUUCAAGCUUCCUGUGUGAUUCAGAAAUGGUACAGGGCUUCCACAACCAGAAAACAGUUUUUGAAGACUAAAGCAUCUGUGAUUUCAUUGCAAGCAGCUGUGCGUGGCUGGCAAAUAAGAAAACGGUUUAAAGAGCAGCAUACUGCUGCAGUUAUUAUACAGUCUGCAUUUAGGAGGUACAGCGCCCUGAAAAGAUUUAGAAUGGUGAAAAAUGCUGUUCUAACUCUACAACAACAUUACCGGGCCAGAAUGUCAAGCAGAAAACAACAGGAAUACAUUGUGCUUUGCAACAACAUCAUACUGAUCCAAGCAGCUUGGAGAGGGAGUCUUGUGAGGAGGCAAAUGCAAAAACAACACCAGGCAGCAGUGAUUAUCCAAUGCUACUACAGAAUGCAUGUCAGUCAAACAAACUUUAAACGUUUCCGAGGAGCUGCUGUCGUAAUUCAGAGAUGGUACCAGGGUGUUAUUCUAGCUCGCAAGAAAAGAGAGGAAUACCUUGCUUUAAAGGAAGCAACUAUUAAAAUGCAAGCAAUUUAUAGAAGUGUAAGAGUAAGGCAAAAGCUUAAAUGCAGGCAUAAAGCAGCUGUUCGUAUUCAAGCUAUGUUUAGGAUGCAUCAAUGCAAUGUUAAAUAUGCAGCAAUGAAACUGUCAGCUACUGUAAUUCAGAGAAGAUACAGAGCUUUUUGCCGAGGAAGAAGGGAACAGAAAAAGUAUCAGGCGUUAAGGAAGUCCUGCAUCAUAUUACAGUCUGCGUACAGAGGCAUGAAAGUUAGGCAAGAGCUAAAAACUCUACGCCACUCUGUUACUUCUCUUCAGUCAUUUUAUCGAAUGCACAGACAGCGAAAAGCUUUCCUACAGUUGAUUGCAGCAGUAAAACUGAUUCAGCAAUGGUAUCGUGGUUGCAAAGAUCGAAAUACUCAGAUGCAAAAAUACAUGCAGGUAAAAAAAUCUAUUCUUCAAAUUCAGUCUGGAUUUCGAGGCAUGAAAGUAAGGCUUCAUUUGAAAAGGAUGCAUACAGCUGCUACUAUCAUUCAAAGGAGAUUUAGAACUUUUAUUCAGAGACGGAGUUUCCUUUCUCUUAAAGCUGCUGCUGUGACAAUUCAGAGGAAGUACAGAGGCAUAGUGCUGUCUAAACAGCAACGUGAACAGUAUCUCUGUCUCUGUAAUGCUGCCAUCAUAAUACAAUCUGUCUUCCGAGGCCAAAUUGCCAGGAAAUCAGUGAAACGACGGAAUGCGGCUGCUACAGUUAUCCAGGCAGCCUUUAGAAUGCACAUAGCUUACAUUCAAUAUCAGGCUGUGAAGCUUGCUUCUGUUACAAUACAACGGCAUUAUAGAACAUAUCGGAAGACUAAGCAUUUGAGAGAACUGUACUUAAAACAGCAUCAGUCUGUUUUACUUCUUCAGGCUGCCUACAGAGGAAUGAAAACACGACUUCUCUUGAAGAAAUGGCAUGAUGCUGCCAUGGUCAUACAGAGUAACUACAGAAAGUAUAGGCAACAGUGUUACUAUAUUAAACUGCAAUGGGCAGCCAAAGUUAUUCAGGUAAGGUUCAGAGCCAAUAAACUCCAAAAAAUUGCAGUCCACCAAUAUAUCUGUGUUAAGAGAGCCACCAUUUGCAUUCAAAAGGCUUUUCGCAGGAUGAAGGCAAGACAGUAUCAAAAAAGGCACCAAGCUGCUAUUGUACUUCAGCGGAGUUUUAAAAUGCAGAGAGAACGUAGAAGGUACAUGAUUGUAAAAACAACUACCAUACUCCUUCAGAGAAAGUACAGGGCAUCUAUUUUGGCAAGAAAACAGGCUUGGGAAUACAGUUCUUUUUGUGCAGCAGUUUGUAUCCAGUCUUUCUACAGAGGUUUUAGAGUAAGGAAGGAAGUUGAGCACAUGCAUUUAGCAGCAAGGAUGAUUCAGGCUUCGUUCAGAAUGCAUAGAACUAGGCGCUCAUACCAGAGGCUGAGAAAUGCAGCUGUCACCAUACAGAAUUACUACCGAUCUUACCUAAAAGGAAAACAUCAGAAAAAUGCAUACCUUGCUAUUCGGAGAUCUGCAGUAGUGCUUCAGGCCACUUACAGAGGUAUACAAACACGGCAAGAACUCAAAGCCAUGCACAUCUCAGCAACGGUCAUCCAGUCUUUUUAUCGCAUGCACAUGCAAUACAGACACUACAGGCGGAUACGCUGGGCUGUGAUAACUAUUCAGUCUGCUUACCGUGGAACAGUAGGACGCAAAAAGGCAAAGGAAAUGCAUGCUGCAAUGAUUCAGUCUUUGGGUAUGGAUGCACAAAAUGAGUAUAGAAAGUCCACUCAGCAUUCUACUGAAGCUCUUGUAUUACAGGAUCAGCAUUACAGAGUAUAUCAUAGAGAACUGUACCAGAAAUACUGGGAAGCUGCACUUUUAAUACAACAGCAUUAUCGAUCUUACUUAGCUAUGAAACAUGAGAGAGCAGCUUAUCUACAAACUCUGAGGAGUAUCAUCAUUCUGCAAGCUGCGGUCCGGGGCUUCCUUGAACGUCAAAGGUUUCACAGAAUGAAGAGAAGUGUAAUAAAAAUGCAGGCAUUAUGGAGAGGACAUUCAUGGAGGAAGAGGACAGACACUGCAGAAACUAGAGCUCUGCGAGAUAGCUUGGUGAUUGCCAAUAAGAAAAGUAAAGAAGAGGAAAAGCUGUGUAACCGAACUGCACUUGCUAUUGAUCGCCUCCUCAAAUAUAAGCACUUUUCUUACAUUCUGGCAGCUUUAAAAGAACUGGAGGUUGUAACUAGGCUAUCUCCUGUCUGUUGUGAAAGCAUGGCAAAGACUGAAGCCGUUUCCACUAUUUUUACUUUGAUACGGAGCUGCAAUCGGAGUGUUCCUUGCAUGGAUGUUAUCAGACAUUCUGUCCAAGUCCUGCUCAAUUUGUCAAAGUAUGAAAGGACAACUGACACUGUUUACGCUGUGGAAAGGUGUGUGGAAACUCUGUUGGACCUACUUCAGAUGUACAGAGACAGAGCUGGUGACAAAAUUUCCGAUAAAGGUGGAAGCAUUUUUAUCAAAACAUGCUGCCUGUUUGCUCUUCUUUCGGAGGAUUCAAGAAGAGCUUCAGAGAUCCGAAGCAGUCCUCAAGUAGUCGCUCGCCUUCAGAGCCUGUACAGACUCACAGUACGUAAACAUCGAAUGGAUGCCCAGAGAAACCUUGUCAGACAGAAAUCAGCUGCAUACAUAAAUGGGCGCUCUGUCCCAGUAAGCCCGUUGAGAACAAAAGUGGUUUCAAGGCAAAGGCCAGCCUGGGUUUUGAAGAAAGAUAACAUUCAAGAAAUUGUUGAUCCACUGCAAGCUAUUCAAAUGGUGAUGGACACACUUGGAAUUUCUUGCACCUAAAGCCUAAUAAUGUGCUUGAUUUUUUU